AUGACAUCGCGUUCCAAGGAGAAAGUAGCGGCAGCUUUUCGGAAGCUGUUUCGCUCUCCAGAGAAACUUGAUAAGGAGGGAGCCGGCCCGAGCGGGUCGCCAGCCAGACGAGGAUUAUUUCGCCGUCAUAGAGAUGGCGUGAGUCCAGCAGAAGCGCCUGCAAGUUUGCCGGCGAGCCCAGCAGCUUCGUCACUUGCUAAGAAGAAGCCUGGAGGCGCAAACGAUGUACGAGAAAGGGCGGCGGCGGUACGCACACGCAGACUCAUGAAAGAGCUCAAAGAAAUUCAACGAUCACAGGACCAUAGAUCUAAUCCUAUUUUUACAGUAGAGCUAGUAAAUGACAAUUUGUUUGAGUGGCACGUGAGGCUGCACCAAAUAGACCCGGAGAGCGACUUAGCGGCAGACCUGCGCGAGUUGAAUAUACCUAACAUACUCCUGCACCUCAUCUUCCCCGAAAACUUCCCUUUCGCGCCGCCUUUCAUGCGUGUUAUUGAACCGCGAAUAGAGAAGGGAUUCGUAAUGGAAGGUGGUGCCAUAUGCAUGGAACUACUGACGCCCCGCGGCUGGGCGUCUGCGUACACGGUAGAAGCGGUAGUGAUGCAGUUCGCAGCAUCAGUAGUGAAAGGUCAAGGGCGAGUGGCGCGCGUGCCGCCGCGCACUUUCCGAUGGUUGAAAUUAGGUGUUGCUGAUCAGCUAAAUGCAGCAUGGAUCUCUCGUAGU